AUGAUUGAUUUAUCUAAUAUUCGAUAUUGCUCAACCUUUAAUGAUUUCAAAUUCAGUCAUAGAGGUAAAGAUUAUUUUGUGAAUAGUUUCCUUUUAUGCACAGUUUCUCCAUUUGUUCAUAGAAUUUUCGAAGAAGGAAAUUUCAAUAACGAAUUAGAAAUACCACCGGUUGAAGGUGAUUUCAAUGAGUUCAUCAAUGCACUUUAUGGCCAAAAAAUAAGAAUAGAUUCUCAUAAUUGCAGAUUUCUUCAUUUUAUUUCAAAAUUUCUACAUAUAACACAACUUGAAACAGUUACAGAGAAAGUGUGUGAAGAAACAAAUACUUUUGAGAAUAAUUUUAGAUGGGCAAUUCAACUUUUUAAUGCAAACCAACAAAGAGACGAAAUAAUUAAUAAAUUGAGUUAUAAUUUACGAAAUAACUUGCAGAAUCCAUGCCUAUUCGAAGCACCACCAGGUUUAAUUUUAGAAAUUUUAAAUUCCAAAUUUUUACAAAUCGAUCAAGGAGGAAAAUUACAACUAGUUGACAAUUUAAUACAAUAUGAUUCAGCAAAAUAUCAAAGUUUAUCUACGUUUUCCUAUUCAAAAUCGUUCUUAUUAAAACAAUUUACAGAAAAACCUUUUGAUUUAAACAAAAUACGUUCAAAUGUUAUUAGAAACGUUCAAUACUUUGUAAGUAAUGAUAAAAGUAAGAGAAUCGUGUUUUCUCCUCAACCAUCGAAUUUAUUUAAUGGAAUCUUAAGAAGUAAGACACCAUUCAUCUUAGGAUCAUCUGACACUCUAGGAAAAGAGUUCGAUAUCUCCAAUAUUUCUAAAGAAAAAAGCGGAGAAAACAUUUUUUGUUCAAAAUCAGAGAAAAAUCCAUUUUUUAUCAUCAAAUUCCAAACUGUUAAGUUUCAGUUGACUCAUUAUGCCAUUAAAUCUUCUGCUUUUGGAAAUCUCAGUUUUUGUCCAAAAAGUUGGAAAUUGGAGGUCAGAACUUCAUCAAAUUCAUGGACUCAAAUAGACAUAGUUGAAAAUGAUAAUUCUUUGUAUGGAUCAGGCUUCCAAUCGAUAUUUGACAUAAAAUUUUCGAUUUCUCCGAUGUCAGAGUUUAGAUUUACUCAACUUGACUCACACCAUAAUACCAAUAAGAGUUUGAUGAUAGAUUUAUUCGAAAUGUAUGGAAUUGCUUUCGAAAAUCCAAAAAGAUUGAUUAACUAA